AUGGAUACGCCUUACGCUGAGAGCGUGGCUUCUAUUCCACACACAGGCUUCGCAGGAGUAACGCUGUAUAAGGGCAAGGCGUUGGCAACGGAGAUUGAGACCUAUCGGAGGCGUAUCCAAGCUCUGCUGCAGUUCUUCGACCUAAUAGCUCCCCACUGGUGGGAUCGUCUUCAUCCCUUCAAGAGCCAGUUUGUCAGGAGACCCAGCCGCAGUGCUAACCUCCUUCGUAACGCACAGGAAAGACUGUCCAUGCGAUUGGCCAGACUAACACCGAGGUCAGUAAUGCCCGCGGCGGCUGCCGUGGUCUCUAUCGAAGAACGCGACUCGGUGGCCGUUCUGCCUAAAAGCCUCUACCGUACUUCCACGUCUAAGGAACGAACCGGCAACAAGUUGGAUAACUUUGAGAAUGCCAACGAGCUCAUGGCGCUGGCGCUGUCAAUUGCACGCCGGCUGGGGGAGAUAGAGAGAUCGAAGCAGCAAGCCAUUCUUUAUGCCCUUGAUUGGAUCAACUUCGACGGACGUGAUCUACGAAUUAGAGCCCGACGGACGGCCAUGUUGGCUAAACAUGUGAAGGCCUGUCUCAUUGAGGGCUUCCAGGGUGUUCAGGCUGUAAUCACACACUACUUCCGGCGACGUGUUCUCGCCUCAGCAGACGGUGAAAGUACACAUCUGCCUGCCGUUGACGAGUACACAGACCCAAAACUUCAGCUCAAGUACGCUUUUCAGGGGAUUACGGCCAAUCACCUCAAUUCCACCUGCCAGGUUAUCAUGGACAUGCUAAUGCAGGUUGAUCCAGUCACGCAAAAGGAGCAGACGACUGCAGUCGGUAUGCUAACCGACAUCCAAAGCGAGGAAAUGUUGGAACUCCUGAGUAGGGGCAAGUAUCUCCCCAGUUCGGGCCCCAUCUCUUCUGAAGGCGAAGAUGCUACCCUGGGCCAGGAAGUAGUUGCACCUGAGAAACCACAGCGCUUCAAUGAACUUCAACAAGAACAGCAGCAGCAGCAGCAGCAAGAGGAGAGCUUUCCAACGCAAGAAACCUCAUUGGCAAGAAAACACCUUAUUGAACCCGCAAUUACUACGCUGGGGGAUCUGAAUCCCUGGUCGUCACCUGAGCUGAAGGACACCCUUCUGCAUUCAGCCGCUGGGACCAAUCCCCAUCUUACAUUCCCCUGGCCCAGUCUCGGAGAGGCAUCCGCCCUGGCUGGUAACUUCGACUGGGAGGAGGAACUGCCUGACGAGGAGGAGGAGUUCAAGAAGGCUGAGCAGCGUAUGGCCAGACGUCAGGCCAGCUUAGAGGCAGCUAAAAGAAAGGAAGUGAGUAAGUCGAUUGCCCGAUUCUUGGCUCGUAAGGAAACCAAGAAGAUGCAGCUGGCGAGACUGCAAAGGCGACCAGAGGAGCCCGAGACAGUGGAGAAACCUCCGGUAAUUAGCAAGUCGACCAGCAGAGAAACUAUGGCCGUGCAGUCACAGAGUGUUGUGGACAAACCCAGCCGCCCCAAACGACGAGAUUCCAGACGCGUGGGUCACAUCUCUGCUGGAGACAAUGAAGACGAGCGACAGGUUCAGACUAGAGGAGCCCAGGCGGCGGCGGCGGCAACAACGACGAACCCAAGACAGCAGCAACAACGGCAGCGGCAGAUACAACAGAAACCUCCGCCGCAACGCCUGGCCAAACUGUUGGCUAGCCGCCCCCCAAGUAAAGUCAAGUUAACAGCUACCUUGGGGAGGAGCUCGGGGGACCGGGAGGGACCACGGAAUUUGCAGCCGCUACUUUUGAGCUCAGAUGCCGCUUCCAGUGACGAGGCCGACUUACUGACAACGGAUUUUAGAAAGAGCCUGAGAAGGAGUAAGAAACCAACUCGUGGCCCACUACGCGCACCGCGGUCAGGUGAUAGACGAAACGCCCACUAG